CUGGUAAUGAUUCGCUAUUGCAAGAUUUCUCAGGUGUUAAUUUUGUUAUUUAUUUUCUGGAUGUUAAAUAAUUAUUUUUAUUUUAGACCACUUUAAGUCGUUUAUCCGCGGUAAUGUAAUCUUAGAAAUAUAACGUCUGCACCAGUCGCCAUCGCGGAUUCUCCAUAAUGUUGAAAAAAAAAUUAUAAUGCCUGUGUCAAUAGGAAAAUUGAUGCUUAUUCCAAAUAAAAUUAACGUUUGUGCAUGAAAAUUGUGUAGGUAUGGUAGUGAGUGGGAAUGCCAGACAACCUGUGCGCACAAAACCUUCCUCGAUUAACAGGAUACAUUUGUAUUUAAAUUUUUAAUACGAAUAUUCGGUAAACAUGUUGUUGGUGUAUACGCGGUGCGCUCGAUUAUUUUCACUGAUAAACUUCUCAGAACAAUUCAUAUCUACAUUCUAAUAUCAAACACAAUUUAAUUUAACGAACAAAAACAUCGGGUUACAGGUAGCUGUAAGCCCAUGAGCCGCCGUGCUGUAGCGCCACACAAUAUGAUAUAUUAUAUGAAGAUGUACAAUAUACACGUUUAUUUUUAUUGAUAAUAACCAAUUAUUAAUUAACUCUAUCGUACUAAAUGUGUGCCUAAAAUCUGCUGUGUGAUGCCCCUUUAAUUUAAAAAAAAAUUGCACGACGAUUGAAUAAGUAGUUUCGGAGUUUAUCCCGACUUCAUUUUAUACCAUGUAUUGACGAUGAUACAGCCACGAGCCUUAACCACGUAGCGGCUGGCCAAUCUGGACAAUUCCCUGGAAUGCCAAAAAUCUUUCCGGCUUCCAUAAUACAUCUAAAUGUUAACCUACAUAGAUUUCCACUUAAUCUACACUCUUCCGAUUGUUGGCUUAUUAUUAUUAAUCACCCGACCAUUCAUCAACCGCUCGGAAAUUUUUAAAAUUGCAUUAAUAAGUGCCAUAGCUUUUGUAUAUGUUAAGGUGAAUGACAACAUUUGGUGAAUGUUGACAUUCACCGGUGAAUGUUAACAUUCACUGCUGUUUUUGGCGAAUGUUAACAUUUUGAAUGAAUAUUAAAAAUUUACCAACAGUCAUCGGUGAAUGUUAACAUUCACAACGAUUAUCGGUGAGUGUUGACAUUCACAAUUGAAUUUUGGUGAAUGUUUAGUUAAGAUUGGAGUAUAGAUGUUCAACGAUUGGUGUGUGGUGUAUCGUGUCAUACGUAAAGAUUGUGAAUAUUUAUAGAUAUGAUAUUGUUCACACAAUAGCUGAAGAGAAAAUAAUGUUUGAGUAGAAAUGUAUAAUAAUUUAAUCGUACGGUGUUUAAUGAUCUAUAUUCUAUAAAUUAUAAUCUAUAUAAUAUUAUCAGAGAUGCAUUUAACGUUACGGUAUCUGUCUGUCUACCUGUACCCACUACCUAUCUCUCUCUCUAACGUAGCUUUUACUUAAUUGCGUAAUUGGCGAUACGUCCGUCAUUGAAAUAUCAAAUUAAUCGAAAAUAUCGAAAACCAUGGAAAAUACGUUUAUACGUUUAUAUCGACCAGUGUCGAUGUAUUUGUCUUGCUUACACGUACGGAAAGGCAAACUGUUGUGAAUCGUGAUUGAAUUUGUGCUACGUUCGAGUUACUAAUUGUUCAGUGUUCACAUGUAUAAUGGAGAACAUACGAGAUAUUUUUUACGAAAAAUUUAACGCUAUGUUAAGUACAAAAAGAGAAGAUAACAAUUUUUAUUUGAGUACUGAAAAAUAUGACAAAUGUGUUGAAGACGUUCUCAAGUUUAAGGGGAAAGAAAGUAAGCAACGCGCCGUGUGCAAGUUAUUGAAAAGAUAUGAUGUCGUUAAAAUAAUGUCUCUCGACCAACUUAUUGUUCCAUUGAAACCUGGCGAAACAAAAAUAAUUUACUUCGUGAAAAAUGAAGAUUUAUUCGAUAUUAUCCAUGAUGCCCAUAUCAAAACAGGCCACGGAGGACGAACCCGUGUAAUUAGUGAAUUACAAACAAAAUAUAAAAAUAUAACUUAUGAAUCAUUUACAUUAUUUUUGAGCUUGUGUGUUCAAUGUCAAAGGAAACAAAAAGUCCCGAGGAAAGGGAUCGUCGUAAAGCCCAUUAUAAGUCGUGAACUCAACUCUCGAUGUCAAGUUGAUUUAGUCGAUAUGCAAACGUGUAAAGAUGGUGAGUACAAAUUCAUUCUCAAUUAUCAAGACCAUCUCACUAAAUUUAUACAGCUUAGACCAUUGAAGAGCAAGACAGCAGAGGAAGUAGCCCUCACGUUGCUGCCAAUUUUCCUCACUUUCGGUGCACCUAAUAUUCUGCAUUCCGAUAAUGGGAGAGAGUUUUCCAAUAAAAUUAUUAUGGAUUUGUGCUCGAGGUGGGAGGGUGUAAAAAUUGUUCACGGUAAACCUCGUCAUAGUCAAUGUCAAGGUUCCAUCGAAAGAGCCAAUCAGGAUUUUCAAAACAUACUCAGGGCCAUGAUGCACGAUAAGAAUACAACAAAAUGGUCAGAAGCUUUACCAUUUGUUCAAUUCGCAAAAAACACUGCUUAUCAUCAAGGAAUAAAACAGACACCGUAUGAGGCAAUGUUUGGUAACGUUGCUAAAAGAGGCCUAGCAACAAGUUCAUUGCCACGAGAACAAAUAAAAGACAUUGAGACCGAAGAGCAGCUUGAACAAAUUAUACAGUCAAUAGAUGAUGAUAACACUGAGCAAGUGGAACAAAAUGGCAAUGAUAUACAACCAGAAAGAGUAUUAGUUUCCGGCUUUCGUAGUACCUACAUCCAAAUGUUAACCUACGUAGACUUCCACUUAAUCUACACACUUCCAGUUAUCGGCUUAUUAUUAUUAAUCACCCGACCAUUCAUCAACCGCUCGGAAAUUUUUAAAAUUGCAUUUAUAUGUGUCAUAGCUUUUGUAUACACAACACCAUGGGACAACUAUAUCAUCUACAGAGGUGCCUGGAUGUAUCCGCCAGAAAGAAUCUUAGCUUUUAUUGGAUUGGUACCUAUUGAAGAAUACAUGUUUUUUAUUAUACAAACUCUUUUGACAUCCCUGUGGACUUUGCUCUGUGUCCGAUGGUCAACUCCGUGCUUAAAUUUCAACUAUGACAAACGCAGCUACCAAUUGAUUCGAUGGGUACCAAUCGCGUUUUUGACCGUGGUUACGAUCGUAGGCUAUAAAAUAGCUAUUCCCGGACAAGCGACGUUUUACUUGGGAUGCAUACUAUGGUGGGUAUCUCCGGUAAUUAUGUUCCUAUGGUAUGGAGCUGGAAAUUUUUUUGUGAAAAAAAUAAUACCGUCAACUAUUGCGAUAGUGGUCCCUACGUUGUACUUGUGUUGGAUUGAUCAAGUGGCCCUGAAGGAAAACGUUUGGAUUAUCAACGAAAAGACUAGUUUAAAUAUAUUCGCUAUCGAAGACUUGCCAAUAGAAGAAGCAUUUUUUUUCUUAAUUGUAAACGUAAUCAUUGUUUUGGCUGUGACUUGCUUCGAUAAAGCUCGCGGUGUAAUGGAAACUUAUACGUUGGAGUACCCACUACGAUUCUGCAUGAGUUGGGAGUUUAUUUGUCAAAUGUUUUGGGCAUUUGCGACAUCAGAAUGUAAUAUGCAGCAAAGCGUCACGAGAGAUAUAAAAGAAAGUAUUGAUAUUCUUACAGUCGCUUCAAAAUCAUUCACCACUGCCAGUUUUCUUUUUCAAUCCGGAAUUCGAUUGGAUUUAAUAAUUUUAUAUUCGUUUUGUCGUGUAACGGAUGACAUGAUUGACGACGAGGUGGAUGUCAAAAAGAAAAAACGUAAGUUUGAGUUAACUGAAAAAUUUAUCAACGAAUUAUUUCAUGAAAGAAAAUCAGAUUACGAUGUUCAAACAAAACCACAGAAAUUGAAUAUUGAUUGGACAAAAUACGAAUCUGAAUUGACCGACGCGGAGAUGGCGUGUUUCCGGGCAUUGUCUAGAAUAGCUUUUUAUUUGCCUCGUAAGCCAUUCGAUGAGUUGCUCGAAGGUUACAAAUGGGAUAUUGAGGGUAGGUUAGUCAGAAAUGAAGACGAUUUGUUAUUAUAUUCCACCUAUGUAGCCGGAAGUGUCGGUGCAUUAUGUGUUUAUGUGAUGAUGUACAGGUGUGAUAACGGCAAGUAUGAUCUUGUCGAGUACUACAAUUAUGUCAUAGAAAAAGCAUAUCAAAUGGGACGAUCUUUACAACUUGUGAACAUUGCCCGUGAUAUCGUCACCGACAGCGAAACAUUGGGUCGAUGCUAUAUACCCACCGAAUAUAUGGACGACGAAGAGGAAGAAGUAAGGAUCUUGUGCCAUGAAAAGCAACCGCGGUCUCUAGGUGAUAAGAAGUUAAAAAAAUAUUCCACACGGCUGAUCCAUCUAUCCAACAAACAUCAAUUAGAUUCAUUGGCUGCUAUCAGGUGUUUGCCGUACGUCACAAGAGGUUCAGUUCUAGCAACCACUGAUAUUUAUCGAGGGCUUGUUUCUGCUAUCGAGUCGAGUCCAACUUAUCCGACUAGAGCUUCAUUGUCGAAAUGGAAUAAAAUUGCAAUAGGACUUUAUUCCUUAUACAUUAAAAGUAUUCAAUACUUUGUAUAG